UAAAACCGGGACAGUUUCGGUUGAAGAAGGAUUUUUGAUGCGAUCAAUAUUUUGGGAAUCCGUUCUCUCACGAUGAUGGAAUCGUGUUUUUACAACAAAUUGGAAAGCGUGGAGCGGGAAGUUAACUUCGACGACUUGAAGAAAAACCUAUUUUCUGAGUUUAAUUCCAUAGACUCCCAGGAGUCUUGCCUUGAAGAGCAUGAACACUUGCAGGUGUACCUUCGCAUUCGACCAUUCACAACAACUGAGAGUGAAAAUGGCGAAUCGCAGGACUGUGUUUCCAUCGAGCUCCCGGACACUGUCCUCCUGAAGGCUCCAAGGACUUCGCUCUCAGCACGGCUCCAUGACAAAUCGGCUCAACGGUUUCAAUUCUCACAGGUCUUAGGGCCAGAAACCACUCAGAGGGAGAUGUUUGACAGCACAGUGAGAGGCCUCGUCAAGGAGGUUCUGGAAGGUGGAAAUUCUCUCGUGUUCACGUAUGGAGUGACCAAUGCGGGAAAGACAUUCACUUUUCUAGGUCCAGAGGCCAAUGGAGGGAUCCUCCCCAGGUCUUUGAAUGUCAUCUUCAACAGCAUUGAGGGGCGUGUUUACGACCAGAUGACUAUCAAGCCACAGCGAUGCAGAGAGUUCAUCAGGCUCACUAAAGACCAGCAGAGUGAAGAGGCCACUAACAAGAGAAAUCUCUUCAGGCUCCUCAAGGAGAGUGAUAACCAGAAAAGCUUCACCAAUAAGACAACCCUGGAAGGGUCCACACUAAGUGACAUCGAGGGGACUGUGACGGAACCACGUUUCAGUCUGGUUGUUGAAGCGCACACCAAGUUCUCCAUCUGGGUGUCCUUCUGUGAAAUCUACAACGAGAACAUUCACGACCUGCUGGAGCCCGUUCCGACCGGAGCCCAGAAGAGAUCAACGCUGCGGCUAUCACAGGAUGUCAAAGGCAACUCCUUUGUAAAAGAUCUGAAGUGGAUACAAGUGAACAACGCGGAGGAAGCCUACAAGGUGAUGAAACUAGGAAAGAAGAACCAGAGCUUCGCCAGCACAAAGCUCAACCUCCUCUCGAGCCGGAGCCACAGCAUAUUUUCUGUUCGUAUCCUGCGGCUGGAAGAUGCUAGGAUUCCUCGUGUGAACUCUAUCAGCGAGCUGUCCUUGUGUGACCUGGCUGGGUCUGAGAGGUGCGCUAAAACUCAGAAUAAAGGGGAGCGUUUGAAAGAGGCUGGAAACAUCAACACUUCCCUGAUGACACUGGGCAAGUGCAUCAACACGUUACGGCAAAGCCAGCAAUCCAAGCUACCACAGCACGUCCCCUUCAGGGAGAGCAAGCUGACCCACUACCUCCAGGGCUUCUUCUGUGGCCGGGGCAAAGCCUGCAUGAUAGUCAACGUCAACCAGUGUGCCUCCAUGUACGACGAGACGCUCAAUGUGCUAAAGUUCUCCGCCGUGGCUCAGAAGGUGGUGGUGCUGACCACCAAGACCGUCCCCCACCUCGCCACCAAGAGGUCGGCCCGGGAACUGUCCAUGAUCAUCAACAACGCAGACAGGAAGUACCUGUUGGGUCAGAAGAGAAGGAGCUCCCUGGUUGGCUGGGAGACCAGUCUGGAGGACGUGCAGGAGCAUGACGACACGGAAGAGGAGAGCGUGAUGGAGACCAUGCAGGAAGUAGACUAUGAUGAAAAGGUUCUCAUCAAUAAAGACACUUAUGAGAGCCAGCUACUCCAGUUGACGGAGCUCCGGGAACAGCUCCAGAAAGAGAGGUCUGAAAACAUUGCUUUGGAAUCCCGGAUCCGUGACGAGGUCACCAAGGAGUUCUCGGAGUUCUUCUCUGAAAUGCAGACAGAUUACAAGGAGCGUCUGGCCAAAGAGGAGGAGAAUGUCGAGGAGAGAGCAGAGAAGCGUCUAGAGAUCCUGAGAAAUCUUCUGAACAUUAACACCAGUCAAGAGGAGUUGGACAGAGUAGAGCGAGCCACAGAGGACAGCUCACCAUUGGGAGAGAUGUUCGACUCCAUGUGCAGUGACCUGGCGGGCAUAAAGAAGGCGGCUUUGGAGGCCAAGACAUGUCUGGUGGUCACCCAACCCAGUGGCGAAACCAUCUCCAAUCUGGAAAAGAGAGUGGAUGAUCUCUUGGCGCAGCUCACUGUCAAAACCAAUGAACUAGAAAAUUGUUGCAAACAAGCGCGGCAAUCGAACGAACAGCUUGAAGAGGCUAGAAAGACUCUUGAGUCUCAGGAGCUGAAAUUCUCCUACUUCCUGGAGAUGUGUCGCGAGAAGGAUGAGAUGAUCACCACGCUUCAGAACACCGUAGACCAACAGGUCCAAGCCACCAUCAAGAAUAAGGCUACAUUUGACGGCAUCAAAAAUGAGAUCCUGCAACUGAAGAGCAGCUGCUCUUGCUCCAGAGGGGAGAGGCCCAGCUCUCGCGCAGAGAGCCGCAAACGGCUGGUGGACCUCCAGGCCAACCUGGAGGACCAGCCCCCCAGCAAGAAAGGGUUCCUGGGGAGAGGAGAGGAGGAGAUGGACAGAUUGCGCAGGGAGCUGGUGGAGGUACAAAAGGACAGUGGGCUUCUCCGAGACAAGCUGACAGAACAGAAAAGAGAAUUCCCAAAGACCCUAGAGGAGAGUGAGAAAAGGCCAGAAAUGGAGGCUAAAGCCAUGGACCACAGCGAGAACUCUGUAGCUGAAGUCGUGACGUUGAAGGGAAAGAUGGCUGCACUGGAGGAGAAGCAGUGCACCCACCAAACGGAGAGGGAGGCGGUCGUAACCGUGUCCCAGUCGGAUAACGACGAGUUCAUGUCCCAAACGGAGAGAGUGGCAGAGUUAGAGAAGACGCUGUUUGAGAAGGAGGCGCAGGUGUCAGGCCUGCAGAGGAGCCUGAGGGAGGCGCAGGACAUGCGGGAGGAUGAGGAGACCGCUACGGUGCAGGAGUCUCGUAAGAGGGAGGUGGAGAGGAGGCGGGAGUUGCUGGCUGUGGCUGAAGAGGCCAUCACUCAGAAGAACGCUGAGCUGGAGAGGAGAGAGCAGGUCAUCACCAGAUUGAAGGAGACGGCUAAACUUGACUCCGACAAAGUGAAGAGUUUGAGCCUGGACCUUGAGAGGAAAGACGACGACACUUCUGAUCUCAAAGAGAAGCUGUCCGACUCUAAGAAACAGAUCCAGCAAGUUCAAAUAGAGAUCAUCUCCAUGCGAGAAGAGGCGAAAUCUCUCAAACUUAAACUGCAGGACUUGGAGAAAGUGAAGAAACGGCAGCAGACAGACUUGGCUAAUAAAGACAGGACCAUACAGCAACUGAAAACAGAACAGUCUGCUGACGAGAACCUCAAGCUCAAUCCCAACGCCUGUAAAGACCUUCAGGCUAAGGAGCGUAUGAUGGAGGACAUGCGUCUGGCUCUGAUUGAACAGGAGGAUACCCAGACCCAACAGGAGCAGGUGCUAGAGGCCAAACUGGAUGAGAUUGACGCCCUCAUUGAAGAGGUGGAUAAACUGAAAGGACUGUUACGCUACCAAGACAGUGGGAAAGACACUGGAGCCCUGAGAGACAGCCAAUCGGACGAGGCCAAGCUAGCCAUACAGGAAGCAGUUCAGGCUCAAGUGACCUUGAAGCUGUGUACUGAGAAACACCAAGCUGACAAGAGGAAGUGGCUCGAAGAGAAGACUGUUCUGAUCCGGCUGGCCAAGGAGGCCGAGGAGAAGAGGAACCAGGAGAUGAGGAAGUUUGCAGACGGCCGUAAGCGUCACGCCAAGCAGCAAGCCCAAGUGGAAGGUCUGGUGGCCCAGCUCAGUGAGAAGGAGCAGGACCUACUGAAGUGGAGGAAAGAGAGGGACUCCCUGGUGACAGCUCUGGAGGUCCAGCUAACCAAACUCCUCUCCAGCAACGCAGACAAGGAUGAACAGAUAGCCAGUCUCCGCUGCCAUGCCUCCUCUCAGCCAGCAGAGGGGGACCAUGGCCAGGUGGAGGUAGUGGAGCUGCAGGGCCUUCUGUCUGACAGAGACACUGAGAUUCUUAACCUGAAGGAACAACUGAAAACUGCAUUCAAAGCCAGCAGCGACGCCUCUGUUCCUACUAAACACAGAGAGACAGCCAAUCAGCUCUCACAGACUGAAGCAGAGGAGUGCCCUUCCAAAGUCCGCGAGAGGACUCUCCAUGACAACGGUCAACUAGUACGCGACGUAAAGACGUGGAAGAGGACCAGUCAGGGGUCUGGGGGCUACCCAUCGGUGCUAGACUCCUCAGAGAUCUCCACAGAAGGAGGCAGGACCAGACGCUUCCCCAAGCCUGAGCUCGAGAUCUCCUUCAGUCCGCUGCAGCCCAACAGGAUGGCCCUGAAACGCCAGGGAGGGGCCGUGGUCAACGUCAAAAUCACCCGCAAGAGGAAGAGCUCUGAGAUGGACAAGAAGAUCGGAUGGCGCAGUCCAGCUAAAAGGAGAGCAACGCAUGAGCUCCCGUCUCAGGAUGAGGUGCACAAGGAGAACCAUAGAAACCCCAGAACCAGACUGGCUCCUAAAUUGGCUGUGCAUCAAGAGGUGCCAUCUCCGGCCAGGGGCAGUAAAGACCAGGGAUCCAUAAGGCCCCAGGACUCCCAGUCCAGCUUGCAUAGCAGGAAAGAAGGAACGAUGCAGAAGAUCGGAGUCUUCGGUAGCAAAGCUAAAAAGAUAAUGGGAUUGGUGAGCGGGAAAUCCCCAGAGACGGAAGGGGGGUCGUCCAUGAGCUUUAGACCCAUGAAGUCCAAGUGGAAGCUGUACAGACCAGAGAUCUCUUCCGCGAUAGACUUCUCCUCCCACCAGAUCUUCAGUGGCGUUCCAGACGAGAAAGAGAGUGACCAUCUCAUCGUCAAGAGAGAACUCCAGACUGAAGUCAAAGACGCUGCUCUUUAUGGUACAGGGAAAUGAAUGAAUAGAUUUUUUUUUUUUUAUGAAGGACAUCUUGAAGUUUACUUUAUUGUUAAGGCUGUUUUUCUUUCCAGAAGACGUAUUUUCUGAAGUCACUACCUCUUCCUCUUCGCUUCCUGUUUUCUUUCAUAUAGUCUUCAUUUAUCACUUCAUUCUAUUGUAUUUCUGCGUAUCUAACAUUGCACAUAUUAUGAUAAUUUCUCUCCAUUCUGUGCUAUGUAUAAUAUGAUUUAACAGAAUAUAAUCACGUUUUAUUAUUCUCAGUCCAGAACAUCAUCGUGGUGAUGCAGUAAUCUGAAGAUUUAGUAUAGUACUUUAUAAAAACACAGUAUAGUACUUUAUAAAAGCACAGUAUAGUACUUUAUAAAAGCACAGUAUAGUACUUUAUAAAAACACAGUAUAGUACUUUAUAAAAGCACAGUAUAGUACUUUAUAAAAGCACAGUAUAGUACUUUAUAAAAGCACAGUAUAGUACUUUAUAAAAGCACAGUAUAGUACUUUACUGUGAUCAUCUCUGAUGUUCAUGUAAAAACACAGUAUAGUACUUUAUAAAAGCACAGUAUAGUACUUUAUAAAAACACAGUAUAGUACUUUAUAAAAGCACAGUAUAGUACUUUAUAAAAGCACAGUAUAGUACUUUACUGUGAUCAUCUCCGAUGUUCAUGUAAAAACACAGUAUAGUACUUUAUAAAAACACAGUAUAGUACUUUACUGUGAUCAUCUCAGAUGUUCAUGUAAAAACACAGUAUAGUACCUUAGAAAAACACAGUAUAGUACUUUACUGUGAUCAUCUCAGAUUAUAAAAACACAGUAUAGUACUUUAUAAAAGCACAGUAUAGUACUUUAUAAAAACACAGUAUAGUACUUUAUAAAAGCACAGUAUAGUACUUUACUGUGAUCAUCUCCGAUGUUCAUGUAAAAACACAGUAUAGUACUUUAUAAAAACACAGUAUAGUACUUUACUGUGAUCAUCUCCGAUGUUCAUGUAAAAACACAGUAUAGUACUUUAUAAAAACAGUGUAGUACUUUAUAAAAAAAACAGUGUAGUACUUUAUAAAAAAACAGUGUAGUACUUUAUGAAAACACAGUAUAGUACUUUAUGAAAACACAGUAUAGUACUUUAUAAGAACAUAGUAUAGUACUUUACUGUGAUCAUCUCAGAUGUUCAUGUAAAAACAUAGUAUAGUACCUUAUAAAAACACAGUAUAGUGUCUUGUAAAAACACAGUAUAGUGUCUUGUAAAAACACAGUAUAGUGUCUUGUAAAAACACAGUAUAGUGUCUUAUAAAAACACAGUAUAGUGUCUUGUAAAAACAUAGUAUAGUACCUUAUAAAAACACAGUAUAGUACCUUAUAAAAACACAGUAUAGUACUUUACUGUGAUCAUCUCAGAUGUUCAUGUGAGAAAAAAAAAACAUCUGUAUGCUGAUGACACAAUUAUUAAUUUAUGCGUAUCUAAUAUUCAGGAGACUUUUCAGGACUUACAGGCUUUUGAUGUUAUUCAAAGGCAGCUUUUCCAAUUGAAACUUAAUGCAAGGAAAACAAAAAUGCAUGGUUUUCUCUUCCCUGAAAGUUAACAGAUUGAGUCACAUGCAGAUUUUAACUAUACAAUUCCAGCAAAUUGAUAGGUUCACCUCCUAUAAGUAUCUUGGGAUUUAGUACUUUAUUGUGAUCAUCUCAACAAUGUUCAUGUAAAAAAAAACACAAAAAAACACUAGUUUCUUUUUGUGGAGCAGAAUGAAUAUCUCACUAGGGACAACCACUACCAAGUUCUAUUUGUGUUGAUAAGGCAUGGUGCAACGUAGAUAUAGGGCCCUAUUCAAUCAGAUCUGCUAAUCAGCGUAGUAUCUGGGAUAAGACGGAACACCAUCACAAACUGCUCUUUUGGUUUAACUCAGUAAACCUUUUUUGUUUUACUAAAUGAAUCUAAAUGUCUUUCCCAGUCUCCUUUUUCAAUACCACUGCUAACAUAUACCAAGUUGGUUGAAUAAAACACUACGAUUCUUUUAAUAGUUAAACACUACUAUUCCUUUGUAAUACUGUACUGCUAACAUAUACCCAGGUGGUUUAAUAAAACACUAUAACCUG